AUGUAUCGACUAAAGUCCGGUGUAGAGAUUGGAAGAGAUCCGGUCAUCCGCUUACACGUACACGCUCUACGUAUUGCCCGUCUUCUCCACCACGCUAACUACCCCGUCCUCCUCACCUCUCGCAAAGGCGGAGUCGUCCCAGUACCAUUCAAAGCCGUCAAAUUCGACUGGUAUGACCCAUCGACAUUCGAGGGCGUCUUUGCCACCGACCCGAGUAUCGACCGGAUCUACCUUCUCUCGCCUGGAGGAAGUGUAAAUGUGUUCUCUCCGAUGAAGCCGUUCAUCGAUCUGGCUGUGCAGAGGGGAGUCGAGUGGUUCGUCCUCCUUAGUGGGUCGAUGCUGGAUUCUGGACAACAGGCGUCGGGGAAGGUACACGAGUACUUGCUCUCGCUCAAAGUUGAUUAUGCAGUCAUCCGUCCUUCAUGGUUCUUUGAGAAUUUCUUGACGAUCCACCUUGGGACCAUCAGGAAACAGAACACGAUCAUGAGCGCGUCUGGGGAUGGGAGGAUUGGGUUUAUAUCUGCUGAUGAUAUUGCGGAUUUGGUUGUUAGUGCGUUGUCGGAUGAGAAAAGCCAUAAUACCGACCAUAUUCUUCUGGGCCCUGAGCUGCUUACUUAUGAUGAUGUUGCCGAUAUCUUCACGGAGGUACUUGGACGAAAGAUUACUCACACGCGUGUCUCUGUCGAGGAAUUGAAGAAGAGGUAUAUCUCUUUCGGUCUUCCAGAGGAUUUCUCCGUGAUGCUCUCAUCUUUGGACGGUGAGAAUGAUAAAGGCGGGGGUGAGGAAGAGACAUUCAUGUCAGUGAAGAAGGUUUCGGGGAAGAGGGCAUUGAGGAGCUUCGUGGAAGCAAACAGGAAUAGCUGGCUGUCGUGA